UUCAUUGAAAUGUGGACGUAUAAAAAGUAAUCUCAAAAGCCACUGAUUCUGAGUGCAAAAACAGGUUGAUGUGCCAGCAAUGUACUGCUGGCUGUAUGUGAUUACAGUACAGUCGAAGCAUAUCACAUUCAAGCAAGAAACAAGAACAGCCAUGGAAUGAGAACUUCUGUGUCAAUGAACAGUUUGAGAAGGUUCCAAACACUUGGGAAAUUUCAGCAUCCCGAGCAAUUCGCACAAAGUAUGAAAUACUGGAUUAUGUCCCCUGGCAACCCUUUACCUGAAAACUGUAUCGACAAGAAGGCAGUUAACAUACAAGAGUCAUAUGGCUGGCAGGAAACCAGAAUACUCAGAGGAAACUCAUGCAGGAAUGGGGAGAGCAUGCAAAUUCCACACGGACAGUUGCUGAGGAUGGAAUCCAAUCCAGGUCCCUGGUGCUGUGAGGCAGUCAUGGAUGAAGGUAUCGUGAAAGAAAUAGAUAUCAGCAACCACGUAAAGGAAGGCUUUGAAAAGGCAGAUCCUUCUCAGUUUGAAUUGCUCAAAGUGCUGGGUCAGGGAUCCUAUGGAAAAGUAUUUCUCGUUAAGAAAAUAAAAGGAUCCGACGCUGGGCAGCUCUAUGCCAUGAAGGUAUUAAAGAAGGCGACACUGAAAGUACGUGAUCGAGUCAGGUCAAAAAUGGAACGUGACAUACUGGUUGAAGUCAAUCAUCCUUUCAUAGUAAAAUUGCAUUAUGCAUUCCAGACUGAAGGAAAAUUGUAUCUGAUUUUGGAUUUCCUAAGAGGCGGUGAUCUUUUUACAAGACUAUCCAAAGAGGUAAUGUUUACAGAAGAAGACGUCAAAUUUUAUCUAGCCGAGCUGGCCUUGGCUUUAGACCACCUGCAUGGCCUUGGGAUCAUUUACAGGGACUUAAAACCAGAAAAUGUACUUCUAGAUGAAGAUGGCCACAUUAAAAUAACAGACUUUGGACUCAGCAAGGAGGCUGUUGACCAUGACAAAAGAGCCUAUUCCUUCUGUGGGACAAUAGAAUAUAUGGCUCCCGAAGUAGUUAAUCGGCGUGGUCAUGCACAAAGUGCAGACUGGUGGUCCUUUGGUGUUUUAAUGUUUGAGAUGUUAACAGGGUCGUUGCCUUUCCAAGGCAAGGACAGGAAAGAAACCAUGGCACUUAUACUCAAAGCUAAACUGGGAAUGCCACAAUUCUUAAGCCCAGAAGCCCAAAGCCUUUUGCGAGCACUCUUCAAGAGGAAUCCUUGCAACAGAUUAGGUGCUGGACCUGAUGGAGUUGAGGACAUAAAACGACACAGCUUCUUUGGAACUACAGACUGGAAUAAGCUAUACAGGAAAGAAAUUACACCUCCAUUUAAACCAGCUGUGGGGAGACCAGAGGAUACGUUUCACUUUGACCCUGAAUUCACAUCAAAGACACCAAUUGGGAAAACUAUCUAUAAUAGGAAAAAGCAGGUCAAGGUGCCUUGUGAGCCACCCAACGUUCAGCUAUUAACUCCCUGUGAUGAGAGAAUCCUUGCUUUUUUGGGAGAGGACAGAUGCAGAUAUGCCGAAACUUCCAUAUCCCAGCAACCAAACUCACCUGGUGUGCCUCCAAGUGCCAACACACAUCAGCUUUUCCGAGGUUUCAGUUUUGUCGCCACCAACCUUGGCCAAGAGCAUACACAGUCUGAUUCUCGACAACUGAUUGACCAUUCGAUUGUGCAGCAGCUACACAGGAAUAAUAUUCAUUUCACAGAUGGCUAUGAGUUGAAAGAGGAUGUUGGUAUUGGAUCAUAUUCUGUGUGCAAGCGAUGUGUUCACAAACUCACAUCAGUGGACUAUGCUGUAAAGAUCAUUGACAAAAGCAAAAGAGAUCCAUCAGAGGAAAUUGAAAUUUUAUUGCGAUAUGGACAACAUCCAAAUAUUAUCACCCUGAAGGAUGUGUAUGAUGAUGGAAAGUAUUUGUAUCUUGUCAUGGAACUAAUGAGAGGAGGGGAACUGCUUGACAGGAUUCUACGGCAGAAGUGUUUCUCAGAAAGAGAGGCCAGUGCAGUACUUUACACAAUCACAAAGACUGUGGAGUACUUACACUCACAAGGGGUUGUUCAUCGAGAUUUGAAGCCAAGUAACAUUUUGUAUGUGGAUGAAUCAGGAAAUCCAGAAUCCAUUCGAAUUUGUGACUUUGGUUUUGCUAAGCAACUCCGAGCUGAGAAUGGCCUUCUAAUGACUCCAUGUUAUACUGCCAACUUUGUCGCACCUGAGGUGCUCAAGAGGCAAGGAUAUGAUGCAGCCUGUGACAUGUGGAGUUUGGGGAUUCUACUUUACACCAUGCUGGCAGGAUUCACACCAUUUGCUAAUGGGCCUGAAGAUACUCCUGAAGAAAUCUUGGCACGCAUUGGAAGUGGGAAAUAUGCCCUCAGCGGAGGAAACUGGGAUACAAUUUCUGAUGCUGCCAAGGACAUGGUAUCUAAACUGCUGCACGUAGAUCCUCAUCAAAGGCACACAGCUGCACAGGUCCUUCGACAUCCCUGGGUAGUGAAUCGGGAUUUUCUAUCACAGAAUCAGCUCAGCAGACAUGAUGCCCAUUUAGUCAAGGGUGCAAUGGCUGCCACAUACUUCGCUUUAAACCGCGCACCUCAGGCACCAAGAUUAGAACCUGUAAUGGCAUCAAAUCUGGCUCAACGAAGAGGAAUGAAAAGAUUGACUUCUACAAGACUAUAACAACUAUUGACAACAACUCUAGAAAGUCUUUUUUUAUUCAUUAUAUGUAAAAAUAAGUGAUCCUUUCCUGGCCAAUGCAAGAGGCCCCAAAUGACCCAAAGUAUUCAGAGGUUGAGCCUAGUUUAAGGCUUUUACUAUUCGGUAUCAAAGGAUAAUUCACGUUACUUGUAAUGCUGUAAAGAUAACAGGAGAUGAACAAACACCAUUUCCUUUUCUUGAAUGUGUUAGCUUUUUGCCUGAUGUUUUAAAAGAACAGACAAAUACUGAUUGUGUAGACUAGGCUUAACCUCUUUCAUAAGUGGAAAAGGAGAAAUAGACAAGUGGUUUGAGAAAACGCUUGUAUUUGAAGCUCUAGAAAGGAUGGAGCAAUGCUGUUACCUCUAAUUGUUAAAAAAAGAAGGGACUAAAACUAAAACAUUAGUUUGGAAUAGAGAAUUCUCUACUGAGAAUCCUGUUUAAAGGUUUAUGGUGGCUUAACUGUUUUUAUUUUUCUUUCGGGAGACAGCAAUUCUGCUCCAGUGAAAUGUUUAUGAAUCAACCAGACACCCUCAUUGACAUUUUCAUUUUCUAUAAUUACAUUUUUUCAUGUCCUGUAAUAAUGUGAAGUUGCAAAAAGCACAAUGUAUUUUGACAAUGGAAGGACAUGAGGCUGUAAGCACUUUUUUUUUCGUUGAUGGGUACAUGUGGAAUACUGUGAUAAGACAACGCAAUAGCAACCAAAAUUUCACUUGGUUCUACAUAGUCCUGUUUCUAAAUGUGGCUUUAACCUGUGGUUUUGUAUGAUGUGCUUACAUUGAAAGAAGUAUUAUGCCUUAAUAGGGCAUUUAUUAGUGUUAGAAUCAGUAAUGCUGUGAUUCUACUAUUAAUAAUCAAAUAAGAUACUGGGAAACAAUGUUUCUUCUCCCCAGUUUUCUUCCUGCUGUAUCUCACUGGAAGACAUUGACCUCCUGCUGCACUACAUGAUGAGCAGUUAGCUUCAAACACCUCACUUAAGAAGUCAUUACUUGCAUGUGUGAACCUUGACAGUAAUGAUGGAAGGGUUUUCACUCAUGGGGAACUAUUGCUGAGCUUGAUUCUGCCUUUACCUAACAAUAAAACUAACAACAUUUUAUUGAAGUUUUUUGUCUUCCCCUUAAAUCAGGACAAUUUACAAGAAAUAUCCAAGUAAGAGAAAAAGACUUUUUGAGAGGAGAGGAAUGUUCUGAUUGAUCAGUAAGUAGACUCUGUUUAGUAGAAGUAUUGCUGUGGAGAAUAGCACCAUUCAACAAUGACUGACUGUUAACCACCAAGUACUGUUUAUAUUUUAAAAAGGCAGGGAGGUGGACUCUGAUUGUUCAAGGCACAGACCUGAGAAAUGAUACAGCAAACUGCUGUGCUCUAUUUUGCAUUAAAGCACAUGCAGUUUUGUGUUCAUGGUCUUUCUGUCUGCACAAAAAGAGUCUUAUGUAUUAAUAUAUGAAGCUUCCAGUGCAUUAUGCAAUUUUGCCAUAUCAUGACUGACAAUGUGGCGUGGCAGCCAGUGUCCUGUUCAUUGCAUACAGAAAGAACAUGUACACAUACUGUGCCUAUUUCAAAUAAAAUAGGUGACAGUCACUCUCCUGUUUAUUUGCUAUAGCGUGUCUUGACCAGAGUCAAACUACCUUGUUUUAAGCUUGUCAGUCAGUAUUGAGUGGGCACAUUCAAGAGAAUUCCUCAACUAAUCAGAGUUCACUUGCUAACCAAUCCGCAGGCUCUUCUCAUACAUUUUAAAUAGUUUCCUUUGCUUUGUUUUUUCUUGCAAAUUGUCUUGAUGACUGUAAAAUAAAAAUCUUCAAUAAAAUGUGACUGUUCUCAGUUAUCCUCAAAUUCUGUACUACUAGACGACUACUAAAAUAAACACCAGCACUUUGAGCAUGGGUUGUCCACAGUGAUCAGGAAAAUCCUGGCCAAUUUUGCUCUCCCGAAUUCACAUAUACCAAAGUUAAUUGUUGAGACCUUACACCAACCUGGCUAAGAGUCACUCACCAAGCAGUCAGAUGUAUUUUGUCAUGAGCAACUCACAGGAAAAUAUUUGGUACGUUUGGAAUUGUUGGCAUUGUUCUGCACAUGAAAUGUCAGUGAAAAGUAUUCAGUGACAAUUUAUCAAAAGGACAUGAGAGAGAUGUUGCUUAAAUUGGAGAGAGAGGGAACGGUCUUGCAAGAUUGGGUCACUGUACUUCAUGUACUUCAUGCCACUUUAGGGGGAGUAACUUGUGGGCAGCUCCCUACAGAGCUGGCCCAUUCAUACCUUCCUGGGAAAGGAUUUAAACAUGGACAGGAAGAUUACUGCCACAGGCAUCCUGAGUCUGAUAGACUUCCAGAAAUGAGUGUCAAACUGUCUUUUAUCUUCCCCAUUGCAGUGGAGUAUACAUAUGAACCUUUCUGAUUAUUAGGUAACCCAACUUACACUACUGCCAGGAAGAUUACUCUUGUGCUUUGUGAUGAGGCAUGGUUCGUUAAAAUUUCCUUAUCUCUCACUUCAAAACCCAGGGCUUUGGGGUUAUUAUUUGCCUCUGUUUCUCGUGUCAAAAGUCACAAGACGAUGGAUGUGAAAAAGAAAGCGGCUUUUGAAGUAAAUGAGUAAAGUUAGUUUUUAUUUGGAACAUGACUAAAGCUUAAGUACAUUUUUUCUUCAUUUAUGUGAUAAAAUGUCGCUGGCUGGACCAGCAUUUCUUGUACAUUCAUUAUUACCCUUGAGAAAGUGGUGGUGAGCGGCCCCUAAGCCCAUUUAGUGUAGGUACACCAUUAGGAAGGGGGUUAAAAGAUUAUGAUUCAGCGACACUGAAGCAAUAUAUUUCCAAGUCAGGAUGAUCUCUGUCUUGGAGGGGAACUUACAAAUGGUGGUGUGUACACUCAGGACAGGACAAAGAAGAACUCUGCUAAAUAGCAACUCAAUUACUUGUGAGGGAUGUAUCACUUGAGAAAAUAAAUACGGAGUUUGGACUUCACAUUUCAUUCUGUAUAAGAGACACUGACAUCUUCAAAUAUUGAAACAUCCCUCACUAAGAUAUCUCACAUUGCAUUUCUGAGUAUAAAUACAUAGAAGACUUCAAGGACAUUUUAAUCUCACAUUCAGGUUUUGUUAUUUAACUAGCUUUCAGAAACAUAGGAAACGAUGGAGGAACUAGGAUUUUUUUUUAAAAGAGUCAAAUUUUCAUGCUAUCGCGUUAGUGGGAAGCAGAGUCAUAGAAUUCCUUACAGUGUGGAAACAGGCCAUUUGGCCCAUCAAGUCCACACCACCUCUCUGAACAGCAUCCCACCUAGACCCACCCCCCCUACUUUAUUUCUGCAACCUUACAUUUACUAUGGCUAAUCCACCUAGCCUGCACAUCUCUGUACACUCUGGCUAACUUAGCUUGGCUGAUCCAUCUAAUCUGCAUACCUUUGGACUGUGGGAGGAAACCAGAUCACCUGGAGGAAAGCUACGCAGACAUGGGUACAACAUGGAAACUCCACACAGACAGUCGCCUGAGGCUGAAUCAAACCCAGGUCCCUGACACUGUCAGGCAGCAGUGCUAACCGUUGAGCUCUGUGGCAUCCAAAUGCUUAAAAACUAGGUCUACAGGAAUUAGGGGGCAAACCCACUCGCAAGUAUCCAAUGAGGUCAGCAGCAGAACCACAACCGGCUGGUCAGUAGGACUGUGCCGGCAAGCAAUGGAGAUCUUUAACAAUUACAGAGUCAGCCACUGCCUGGGCUGCAGGAUUAGCUGGUUCAUACUUUGGUUGAGAGCUUGAAGAAUGUUUUAGAAAAGCCAAUUUGGGAAGUGUGCGUGGGUGAUUGUUUAACAAGGACUAAGGUGUUAAUAUAUCAGAUGUAAAUCAUAUUAUUUUCGCAUACUAGUAAUGAGUAAGAACAUUGUAAAAAUAAAUCAAUUGCCGUCUGUACAGCACAUGCUGUGGUGAAUUGGCAAGCAGAGUGUCACAAUGGCUUGAAACUGUGAUGCACUGCAGAUACCAGCUUGCAUAAUGAACGUAAUACCAAUUUCACUUACUGAGCAGAUUCAGCUCAAUAGGACUGGCAGAACACUUGUGAUCUAUCUAUCCUGACUGCCAUACUGGUUUGUUAUACACCCGUCAUAAAGAAGCAAAGUAAAAAUUUCUAACCUAAAAAGAAACAGAUAAUGCAUCUCUAGCAGCAUGUACAGUGAAACAGAGUUAACAUUUCAGGUCCAUGGCCAUCUGGGCCGUCAGUACCACACAACCAGUAGUGAUGACUGUACUGGCCAAUAUGUAGCAGGGGAAGUUCGCCCUCUGCUGGACUGAUUCAGUUAGCACAUAAGGCUCAUCGUGUUGUUUCUGAUUAUCUCAACAGCUACCAAAAUCAUCUGAAUGUGGGACAUAACUAGAAUUCAUGUUACCUUCUGCUCGUCACACUGCAACCUCUCUGGUGAAGUGGGAAGUUUUUAAAGCAUCUUUAUGUCAUAUAAUGAUGCAUAUAUUAACUCAAAAGUAUUCUCAAUGUAAGAACAAGAAUAAUCCGUCAUUAUUUCUGACCGAAUGCUGCAGCAAUUUCAGGUGAGGACAAAUGUUUUGUACCAUAAUAACUUGCACCAUUUGCACCAUUUUGUACAAACCUUUCAGCAGUUGUCAGGGUGAUUAUCAUCACUAUUAAUUAGUUAAGAGUGGGUCUAACUAACAUAAGGCAUCACCAUCACUUUGCCACAAUAAACUUUGGCUCUUUACACUCAAUUGAUCCUUGUGGUGCAAUUGAUUAAUUGAAAGUUCUAAAUAUAUUUUAAAGAAAAUUAAAGAAUCUUCUAGGAAAUGGUGAAACUUUUCCUUGCAUUAUAGUUAAGUGCAGUUAUAUCAAAUUGUUCUGUAUUAUUUUAAUGAACCAGUGGCCCAUUUAAAGAGUGAACGACAACAGCACAGGAAUUUAGUGAAAAACAUCUGUCACUGCACUAAAGGAGAUGCUCACUCUCUACUGAUUGCUAAAAUUGAGAGAACUGCAGCAAAGACAAAGAAUCCCAUUCGAUUUCUUUUCCUCCAAUUCAUGUAGGGUGUAGAUCUGCGGAAUUUGUUCUCAGUUUACAGUGAUCUGUCUCUCAAUCAAUAUCUCAGUCAGGAAAUUUUACAGAGCAACCAUUAGGCAAACUUUGCAAGACUGUCCUGUGAAACAUUGAACUCAACCAGAGCAGCAUUAAGGUUUUAAGAGUCCCUAAACGUGAAAAAUUCUGCUUGCCAUGAUGAAUAUUUCCAGCAUUUUCUAUUUUUAAUCAUUUCAAGCAAUUUCUGUGCCAUGACAGCAGACGGCAAAUCAAUGAGCAAUUGAUGCAUUGAGCUAGUUCAAACAAAGUCUGUCCUCCCUCCUUAUCUUCUUUUGUCUGCUGACCUGUUUGUCUCAGAUAACCACUUCAAUUUUAGCUGCAUCCUGAUUGCGCAUUUUGUGCAUGAGCAGCCAGUCAAAUUGAUAACUCUCCCUAACAUAUGGUAGAGGUUCCUUCGGGCCAGUAUGGACUAAUGCAUGGUACACUGAGUGCAAAUGGACUAGAAACAGACAGUUGUUGGGCGGAAUAGAGACAAACUAUUUCUUUUGACAGUGGAGUAGGGAAAAGAAAAAUCAUAACCUUAAAAUUAGAACUGGAAGUUUAGGGGUGAUGUCAGGAAACACUUCUACAAUUCUUCAAAGGUUAAUGGAGAUCUGGUAAUGCCUCCUGCAAACAGUUGUUGAACGUAGCUCAACUGAACUUUCAAAAUUGAGAUUGCCAGUUCUUUUUUAUUUAUGCAAGAGUAUAAAAGGAUCAAAGUAGGUAUGUGAAGUUAAAGAUACAGAUUAAGCAUUAUUUAACUGAGUGGCAGAGCAGGCUCAAGGAUCUAAAUAAUAACUUGCUUUUUCCAUAUUCCUAGCCCAUUUUUGUCAAAACAUAUUUUACCAGAGAGCAGUUU